CGAAAAGCUACAACACCACAUUCCAUCGUCCACAAAAUCAAAACACUCAUGGCUGCCACAAACCUUCCCUCUUCCGCUUCCACUAUGUACAAAACCCUUCACUCCACCGCCAUCGAAUUCAUCCGCUCCCAAGACCAGGACGUCUCUACCCCCACCUGCAUGAACAAUGACCGGAUCCGCGCAAUUCGCGCUGAAUCCGGUUUCCAACACAGCUGGGGACACAACUACCUCGUUUCCACAAAGCCAGGAUUAUCCAGCGUUCUGGAUGUUGAUGGAUUCAUUGCGCACCUCAGCACCAUGCUUCCCCAUCUUGAAUCUUGGGAUACAGAGAUUACAGAUAUCAUGAUUGAUGAGCUGAGGCUGAUGGCUAUGGUGAGAGGGAGUUAUUAUAUGCGUGCAAAAGGGGCGGAGGUGGUUGUUGAGAAUGAUUUAAUCUGGUUUUUGACGAUGAGUGAGGAUGGGAAGAAAGUGGCCAAGUCGGUUGAGUUCAUUGAUGUGGCGGCGAGUCAGAAGUUAAAAGAGAUUAUCAAAGGAGUAAAAAAGUAG